AUGAAUCCCAUCAGAACUUCCAGAGCAGGCAAAAGGUCCACAAGGUCAAGGUUAGGGUGUCGGACUUGCAACACAGGCCGUGCAUGUGACGGAUAUGGUGUCUGGGAUUCGAAACACCCACUUCCCUCUACAACUAAAAGUCCCUCUCAACACAUGAACCCCUCAUGCUCAGUCUCCCGAGACAGACAUACCCAGUUAUACUUCGAUUGGUUUGUAACCCGGGCGAGAAAGAAGAUCCCCGGCAUAUUUGCGUCUGAAUUUUGGGAUACGCUCGUUCUUCAGCACUCAGGAGAAUGCAGUCCUAUACUCACUAGUGGCAUUGGCCUCUGCCCACAAAUCGGGAAUGCUCUCGCCGGCAGGCAUGCCCGAAAACGAGAACUUCACAUUGCAGCACUACAACGCGGCCAUAUUUCAGUUCAACAUCACCUGGUUACCGGAAAUAAGGAAUCAAUUCGAAUCGUGACCAUCUCAUGUCUCAUCUUCAUCUGCCUCGAGUUCAUGCGCGGUAAUAUCAAGACAGGCGCUGACCACCUCCAGAACGGAUUGAACUUGCUGCCUCUACUCAACUCGCCGUCAUGCCUGGGGGACGGUGCUCUUGUGCUAAAGGCCCAUAAUGAGUCGAUAGAAGAUGUUGUCACGGAGGCAUUCCUCCGCUUGUGCGUCUAUUCAGCCAGGUUCCACCGAUUCCCUAGGAAUAUUUCCAUCGUAACUCAAGAUGACGCACUUAGCGGUCAAAGCCGAUCCUUUCCUACAUUAGCUGUAGCAAGGCUGCACCUCGAUGAACUGUUCAAUAGAAUACACCGACUUGAAGCAGAUGCUCGCCAGCUACAGGCCCUUCCCUGUUCAAUCACGACUACAAUGUUGCAAAAUCAGCGACGGAUCCAGAAAGACCUCGAUUGCUGGCUCAGCCUCUUCAAACACUCCUAUGAAGAUAUUGCCAAUAAUGAUUCAGAGGAGUCGCUGCCGCUUACACUUCUCCGGAUCCAUCAUGCUAUGGCAUAUGUAAUGGCUGGGACCUGUAUUGCCCCGAGCGAUGAACUCGCCUACGACCUGUUCAAGUCAAGUUUCGACUCCGUUGUCAGUCUUUCUGAUCAUAUCCUGGAGGCUGCUGCGUCAGUCAUGGCUGCAGAUAUCAUCUGCGGGGCCUGCACUGAGAAGUUCAGCUUCAGCGCCGAUAUGGGUAUAAUAUUACCUCUAUAUUACACAAUUCUAAAAUGCCGCUGCCCGGUGACUCGACGACGUGCUCUAAAGGUGCUUCUUCCUGUGUCGCACCAGGAGGGAAUAUGGAACGGGCCCUUGGCUGCAGCAAUUGCUUGCAGGGUCAUUCAAAUCGAGGAGGAGGGGUACUACGGAUGCUCCCCUAUUGAAGACCAUCCUUUAGAAAGUCUCAUAGAUGCCCCUAUUCCGACUUUACCUGAGUCACACAGGAUUAGCGGCGUUUUCAUAGACCCGCCCGAGAGCUCUACGGGGGACAUCAUAUGGGGUUAUAGGAGGGCACAAGAAAACGGACAAUUAGCAAUAUUGCAGGAGAGUGUCAAGGCAUUCAAAUAA